GGCAAGGUGCCCCCCGUCCGUUAGCGAGCAUAGUACAAUUGCCAGCAAGCAGACCUCGGCAAAAUUGAGGUUGCACGAGAGUCCAUGCUGGCCGAGUCCAUGCUUGCCAAGGCAAUCCUUUUGGUCGUUAGAGGAAAGAGAUGGUUGUUGUGGAUGCUCUUUGGUCCUUGAUGGAAAAACGUUUGAAUUGAGAUUGAGAGGGAGGCACAGCACACUGUUGGACCGACCUUGGGAACUCCGAGACGACGAGCUGGAUGCGUAUAGUGAGAACCUACACUGUGGCGAGUGUUGGGAUUGGCGGGCUUUGGUCGGGACACAGCGCCGAAGAAGGUGAAGAGAAGCGAGGGAGAGGAGUCGACAGACAAAUCGCCUCGAGGAACAAAGACGCAGAUGGUGGCCAGGUUCCUUCUUAUCUCAGUCGCCUAAAGAGAGCGGGGUGAGCUGAUCAACGGCUAGGAGUCACCUGAAGAGAGCGGGGUGCGGGUGCCUGUUUGACGAGCGGCACAACAUCAGCCAAUCCAUUGAUCGAUCGAUCGAUCGAUCGAGAUCCAGAUCCAGAUCGAGAUCGAGAUCGAGAUUGAUCCGUCGGUUUAUCCCCGCACGCCCGCGGGCUUGUCCGUUGGUUGCUUGUUUCUGUUCCUUUUCCCCCCUUCGCUCUGCGCGGGGGGAGUUAACACACGCACAAGCACGCACACACUCACACACACGCACGUGCACACACACACAGAGAGAGAGAGAGAGAGAGAGAGAGAGAGAGAGAGAGAGAGAGAGAGAGAGAGAGAGAGAGAGAGAGAGAGAUUCGUAGGGUUUAGGAGGGGAUCAGCAGACGAUGUGACAUGAGAGGGGAGUUAGAGGAUCGGCAACAGGGAACAACGGAUGCCGUUGGCAAGUGAUGGAAGCCGUCGGCUGCCUGAGGUAGGGGCAGUGUCGGACGCUGAAAGCGGAACUGUGCCUGUCGAAGCGCAAGAGGGAAAGUUGAGCCGGCAGCUAUUCACUGCAGAGACGAGGGGGAACUUGGACAGAUAACAUCACGUCAAGCAAUCGAAGUCAGUGGAAGGAAGAGACAAGAUCAAGAAGCAUGAAGAAGAAGGAUAUGGAGGAUAAGGGGGAGCAGACAGGGGAAUCAGAGGGGAAAAAAUCUCCCCCCCCUCCCCCUCCAUCUUCUGUGUCGUACUGGAAGCUAUAUAGCUUUGCCGACCCUUUGGAUUAUCUCUUGAUGCUUCUGGGCACGCUCGGAUCAGCAGCCAACGGGGCAGCCAUGCCUGCCUUCUUCUUGUUUUUCGGUAAACUCAUAGAUCAAUUAGGUACUCUGGGACGAGUAGAAGAAACGCCCGAGCAACGGCAAGCUACUCUCGACAAAAUCAAUCAGUAUGUCUUCUACUUCAUCUACCUUGGCCUCGUCAUGUUCGUCGCGUCAUACUUUGAAACCGGCUUCUGGAUGCAGACUUCUGAUAGACAGUCCGCGCGACUAAAGAAAGCAUAUCUGGAAGCUGUGCUUAAGCAAGAUAUUGGCUAUUUUGAUACAGAGGGCAGCACAGGGCAAACUCUGAGCCGGAUUUCUAGCGACACUAUUCUUGUGCAAGAUGCAAUAGGCGAAAAGGCUGGACUCUUUCUGCACUUCAUGGCGACGUUUGUGACAGGCUUUGCCAUAGGUUUCACUCAAGUCUGGAGACUUGCCCUGGUCAUCCUUGCUGUGGUGCCUCUGCUGGCCGUAGCGGGCGGCACGUACGCUUAUCUCCUACAAGGGUUGACCUCCAAAAGCCAGCAGGCAUAUGCUGGUGCUGGGCAGAUCGCAGUGCAGUCGAUCUCGUCCGUCCGCACUGUGUACUCUUUCGCCGGCGAAGACAAGGCCAUCAGGUCUUACUCCAAGGCACUGGAAGAGACUCUUCGCCUUGGUGUCCGUGGUGGCAUCACGAAGGGCCUCGGAAUGGGUGUCACGUACAUUAUCAUGGGGGGUUCCUGGGUCCUCAACUUCUGGUACGCGAGUGAACUGGUGUCCAAGCAGCGUGCGACGCCUGGCAAGGCCUUGACGACGAUGUUCAAUGUGCUCUUCGGAGGAAUGGCUAUUGGUCAAGCUAUGCCGUACUUGAGCAAUUUUGCCAACGGGCGGGCAGCAGGAUACAACAUAUUCCAGGUACUAGAGAGAAAGCCCCUGAUAGCUUCCUCGGAGAAGGGACAUACCCUGAAGGCAGUGACCGGAAGCAUUGAGCUUCGUAAUGUCACCUUUGCCUAUCCGUCACGUCCAGACGUUCAAAUCUUCAAGGACUUUUCGCUCGAGAUCCCCGCAGGGAAGACAGUGGCUCUUGUGGGUGCUAGCGGCUCUGGGAAGUCCAGUGUUGUGGCGCUGAUUGAACGGUUCUACGAGCCGAUCUCAGGAGCGGUUCUCCUGGAUGGGAACGACAUCAAGACUCUGCAACUGAGCUGGCUACGUCGGCAGAUAGGCCUGGUCAGCCAGGAGCCUGCACUGUUUGCCACCUCGAUCUUGAACAACAUCUUAUACGGAAACCCAGACGCCACGAGGGAAGAGGUAGAAGCUGCAGCUAGAGCAGCCAACGCCCAUGAAUUCAUCAUGGCUUUUCCUCAGCAGUAUGAUACACUCGUGGGAGAGAAAGGGGUGCAGAUGUCCGGCGGCCAGAAGCAGAGGAUUGCCAUAGCCAGAGCUGUGCUGAGAAACCCAAGCAUCUUGCUGUUGGAUGAAGCCACGAGUGCACUUGAUGCUGAGUCAGAGCGUGUUGUCCAGGAAGCUCUUGACGGGCUGAUGGGAGGUGGGAGGACGACCGUCGUCGUGGCUCAUCGCCUUUCGACUAUUCGCAAUGCUGAUCUGAUUGCAGUCAUACAGGAGGGAAAUGUCAUCGAGCUCGGCAAUCAUGACGAACUGCUUCGAAUUGGAGAGAACGGAGCCUAUGCCUCACUUAUUCGGCUGCAGCAGAAUGUGCAGAACAAAGAAGAAAGCAGAGCGGUAAGGCUUGCUCAGCGCAAAUCGGAUCUUGGCUAUGGCGAUGGCUCCAUUGCUGAUGGGUCAAGCCUUCCAUCGAUCAGACACACUCUAAGUUUCUCCCUCAGUAUGCAGUCAGCCGGUGAGCACUCUGUCAUCAUGGAUCCCAAAACGUUGAGAAUAGCCAAAGCCAGUGCACCGUCCUUUUGGCGACUGCUGAAGAUGAAUUCUCCAGAAUGGCCAUGGGCUCUUCUUGGAUCUGCUAGUGCCUGUGUUACGGGCACUUUCAAUCCCUUUUUUGCCUUGAUCUUGUCUGGAGUGAUUAGCGAGUACUUCGUCUUACCGGGCAUGAGAGGACGAGUGUUGAAGUACUGCUACUAUGCCCUCACUAUGUCCGGCGGUGGCAUAUUUGUCUACUUGGCCAGCUUUGGGGGAUUCGGCGUUGCUGGUGAGCGACUUGUCAAGCGCGUAAGGGAGAAGGCGUUCAAAGCUAUCCUGCAGCAAGAGAUUGGUUGGUUCGACUUAGAUGAAAAUAGGAGUACAGCGCUAGCGUCCCGUUUGGAAGCCGAUGCCACGGUGGUGAAGUCGUCUGUCAUGGAGCGCUUGAGUGUUUUGCUGCAGACUGUGGGCUCUCUUUCAGUUGCAUUGGUCGUUGCUCUCGUCCUGUCCUGGAGGAUGGCCCUCGUUGGAAUAGCCGUGUUCCCAAUCUACCUAUCAUCAGCAUUUUGCCAGACGUUAUUAAUGAAAGGUUUUAGUGGCGACUUGAACAAGGCAUAUGCGAAGGCUGGAGCAAUAGCUGGAGAGGCGGUGUUGAACAUCCGCACGGUUCAGGCGUUUGGCGCAGAGAGCAAGGUGCUUGGACUGUUUGAAGGGGAAUUAGCGAAGCCUUUACGAGACAGCUUUAAGAAGUCCCAGAUUGCCGGCACAGGGUUGGGCUUGUGCAACUUCCUGACUCAAUCGGCGGAGGCCCUCCACUUCUGGUAUGCAAUGACUCUUGUUCGCGAAAAUAAAAACUCUUUCGCCGAAGUUUUCAAAACAUUUAUGGUCCUCAUUGUCACCACCUUCGCUCUGGCAGAAUCAUUCACGCUAGCUCCUGAUAUUGCCAAGGGAAGCACGGUCCUUGGCUCAAUCUUCGCCAUCAUAGACAGGCGAACUGCCAUCGACGCAGAUGAUGAAUCGGGGACUAAGUUAGUGAAGCUGCAGGGCAACAUCGAGCUGAGGAAAGUCGAUUUCCGUUACCCUUGUCGGCCAGAUGUCCCCAUUUUCAAAGACUUGAACUUGAAGGUCAGGCCAGGUCAAAUCAUGGCCCUAGUUGGGCCCAGUGGUGGCGGAAAAUCAUCUGUCAUCGCACUCAUCGAACGCUUCUAUGACCCUGUUGCAGGUCAUGUGCUGAUUGAUAACAAGGACAUUCGGAAAUUUAACUUACGAUGGCUGCGACAGCAGAUGGCUUUGGUAAGUCAAGAACCUGUGCUGUUCAACACAACCAUACGAGAAAACAUUCUAUACGGACGCGAUGGUGCCACCGAGGCUGAGAUGGUAGAGGCCGCUCGGGCUGCAAAUGCGCACACUUUCAUCAGCAGCUUGCCUGAUGGUUACAACACGUCUGUCGGUGAGGCUGGUACGCAAAUGUCCGGUGGGCAGAAGCAACGAAUAGCCAUCGCCCGUGCAGUGCUGAAGAGCCCGACCGUUUUGUUACUUGACGAGGCCACUAGCGCCUUGGACGCGGAGUCUGAAGGCGUUGUUCAAGCUGCUCUAGAGCGACUUAUGGAAGGUCGGACUACUGUGGUGAUUGCCCACAGACUCUCCACCAUUCGUAAUGCUCAUGAAAUUGCAGUCAUUUACCAGGGCACUGUUGCGGAGAUAGGGACUCAUCAACAGCUGAUUUCUCGUCCGGGUAGUGUUUAUGCCUCUUUGGUAGAACUGCAAUCAAAGUCGUCUUCGUAGGCGCGCCACCGGUAGUCAUUACAAAGUAGAAUCAAUAUGUCAAUUGAGAUGAUAAGGCAUUCACAUUCCAGAAAGUGUGCGCCCUCUCUUAGGGGUGAUAAAUGUUACUCUCGAAGGUCAACAGAGGCAAUGGAUUGCCAACGCUGUGGCAGUCGGUUGCGUCUCUCUUCGAUCACGAAUCUGUUAUUGCACCUUGUCAUGCCAUAAAGAUUCAUAGCUCAUACCUACCUUUAUUUAAUCAGCUGUUGAGCCAGCCGCUCAAGCAGUGUCCUGCCGCAGAACCCAAAAACUUAGGUUCGAGUUCAAGCUUUUUGUUUUUGGCACUUCAUGUGUGGCUCCAGCAGCUGUGAAGGCAAUUGGCCGGCAAGUGGAAGAUGGGGAGAUAAGUAGAACUCUGUGAUCGUGUGUAUCGUUGGUGACGAUACAGGUCAGUGAUGUUGCUUACUCGAUCAUCCCCAUCUUGCAUUCAGCGCUGAUUUUUUUUUUCUGUGGAUUGUCAAGGAGCUGCAGUGAAUUUGUGCUUGUGGAUAUCGAGGAACAUGAUGCCGGAUGCCGAAGUAGGGCCUCCUCACCGGACAGGUCACCAAACGCCAACAAUUUUUUGAGAGAAUGUCCUACACGGCUGGGGACUAUGAAGUCUGGGCAUUGGGUGUCACCGACUCACCGCCACAUACACUCUCACCAAUGCCGCCUGGUCUGAAAGAGCUGGGCAAAUGCCCAGAGAGCAUGUCGGAAAGGACUGGUGGCAGAGGCCAAUGCGGCGAGGAGGCCACGAGAGGUCCCUCCAUGCCUGUACAGUUGUCAUGGGGAGGGGGAGGAGGUAGAAUUGCUAAAUAUGGUGUAUUCGCGCAGCAAUUCUCUUUGCGAACCUGAUGCAUUUGGGUGGACAACGUGGUUAGCAAUUGUGUGCAGCGGAGCGCCUUGCCAAAACAUUGGUGUUAAGAGAGUGCUGAGGUGAGCCCUGAAGUCCGAAACGUAAUAAUGUUUCUCGAGGGCUCAGGACACUCUUGCCUCCAGAGUUUUUCCUUUUUUCUUUCUUUCCAUAUUGUGAAGGUCAGUGAAAGGGAUAUUGAGCGUUUCAUAGAGAGGAGAAGGUCCUUUCACCCUUUGGUGAAUGAGCUUUUUGUUUCGAAAUCCCAAUUCUUCAGCAUACGUGGAAGCGGAAAGGAGGGGAUCUUGGGCAGCAGUUUUUCUUGUGUCAGUUAAUUAAGACAGGCCAACAUAGAAGGCCUUUCAUAGAGAGCCCAGAGAGUCCUAGAUGUGCAUGAAAGCAGAAAAAGUGCUUUCAUUGACGACUUGUUCUGUUUCGAGGACUGGAAAUUCUGCGCCAGGAAAGAAUGCAGAUAAAGGGAUAUCACCUACCUUAUUGCCAAAUGUACAGAGGUAUCUUUUUUUGCUUGCAUGCAGCAAGGCUGACUGUACGAUUGAUUGAACAGGCUUCAUGAAAAGAGUGAAUGGGGCGUGCUUCAGUUUCGGCCCCAAGGUCGCAUCUGUGGAGAAAGCUGACACUGGGAAGCUAAAAAGCGCCGGAGCCGGAGAAAAGUCCUCUCUACUAUGGAAAAGGACGAACAGGAUGCGAAAAAGGACACAGUGAUCUCAACUGGGAGGCGAUGGGUGCUUUUGGUGUGUUUUCAUGUCGCUUUGGCUGUCCGUGAUUUUGUUAAACCCCUUGGUGAUAUUCACUUGUGUAAGAGUCUUGUGUUUGGAACUUGAGAGUCGAGACUCCACAUUAAAUUUUGUAAUUGUGAGCUGGGCUUAAAGAAUUAGCCUUUAUUGCCAAUGUGUGCAAUAUAGAUGAUGUGAGAUAUUUUUAUUCAAUGGUGGUUUUGACUCACCGAAGGUCUCUUGUCAGGAGACAUCAAUGUGUUUACAAGCAGCAAGAGUUUCCUCGACUGCUGAGAUCUCUGCCUCUCAGACUUCAGGGGUCUCUGGCAUCUUUAGCGGAUGAGGAUGUCGGCCGUAUAGAGAUUUGUCAGCGUGCAUACUCCCGUCAUACGAACCUUGUUUGACCGAAUCUGGCUGUAAUUGUGGUAAGAAGUCGUCCAAGAAAUCCCAGUGAUCCAGCGAAGUUCAGUCCUCUGUUGGUCCAUGGUUUUAGAUGUGAGGAUGUGAAGGUCCAAGCCAUUUAUUGUCUCCCGGAAGAUGCCGUUGCGAGUAUUAUUCUGUGCAGUGACUAAUGGGCAACGGGUAAUGUGUCCAGGCUUUUCAGGGUGCCAAUCGGCGGUUAACCAUCCGGAGUAUUAUCCGGAUGGUUAAGAUGAAACUGGCUGUCUUUUUUUCCUUGAUAACGCCGAUUAUAGGUAGUCGGUGUGGUUGUUGACCGUUAACCAUGGUUAAGACGAAACUGUUUUUUUUUGCCUCUAACUCCGAUUAUAGGUAGUGGGUGUGGUUGUUGAUCGUCCGGAAUCGAACACGUGGGCUGAGCUGAAUGACUCGUAUCCAGCUGGAGCAUAACUUAAGGAUGUAUCAUAAACCGAAAAAGAAAGGGGGCGGGGUGGAAGAGGGGAAGGAGGUAAGAAGAGAAAGGGACGGAGAAGAUUUAUGUUUUACAGGGGAAAAAAAGGAUGAAUCAUAAACAGUCAUGGUGAUGGAACCAUCGUCUAAGGGAGUGUCAAAUUUGAGUAUUUUCCCCUCUGAUUUGUUGGCAUUGCUAUUCCUCUUAUUCCCUGAGCUUAACGACAGUGAUGCUAUCUAUGGUUGUAGGCUUGCCACUACCAGUUGUUGUUGAUGCAAAAAGCACAGGCUGCACAGCUUUGAUUCUGUGGAUGUGACUCUGCACUCUCAGGGCAUACGCACACUAGCACGCUUCUAAAUGCAUCUGACUGCCAUUAAGCCUGGAACUGGAUGCAUCUGAACACAAUCACGUCCAGAGCUGCGAAGAAAAAGGUCCUAGGUAGUGUGAGUAUGUCCACAUUUCGUUAAAGAUCGGCUUUUAUCCAUUUGGAUAAAGAUGGUUGAACUAA